CGUGUGCGCUCAUACUAAUGCGACCGGCGCGCGCGCAGGAAACACAUCCCGGAAGAAUUAGCGCCCCGCCUACUGCAACUUGUUUGCAUUCAAUUUUAUUUGAACUGCCAGUGUGUCCCGCCGUCCUUAUCUAUACGAAACCAAGUUAUCUUUCACCGACAUUAAUACCCGUUUAGGAUUCAGUCGCGCGAACGCGCGUUAAGGCUCGACUGCCAAUGAAAGUGUGGCGAAAUAGUGAAAUCAGUUCGUAUUUAGUAAUAAACUAUGGUUGACGAUUAAACAAAGUGAAGAUCUAUUUAGUCAUCAUGCGGCCGGCGCUGAUCAAAAUGGAGACGACGUUUAUAUUAUUCAGACUACGAGUAUCGAGGGCGACGAAAGCAUUCCUUGAUGCCCUGAGCGAGUCCGGCGCGGCGUGCGUGUCCCGCGCGACCGCCAUCAAGUUCCUACUCGCGCGCAAGUUCGAUGUUGCGCGCGCACACGAGCUGUGGAGGCAGCAUGGCGCCACGAGGCGGCGCGAAGGGCUCAACAAGUUCGAGCCGUUUGAAGACCCGCUCAAGAGUGAAUUGGAGACGGGGAAGUUUACUAUACUGCCAACCCGCGACGCGACCGGCGCAGCCAUCGCGGUGUUCACGGCCAACAAGCACUUCCCCGCGCAGACCACGCACCAGAUUACUUUACAGGGUGUGGUAUACCAGCUGGACGUGGCGCUGCAGAGCGCGGAGACGCAGCGCGCGGGGCUGGUGUUCAUCUACGACAUGACCGACUCCAAGUACACCAACUUCGACUACGACCUCUCGCAGAAGAUCCUCACCAUGCUCAAGGGUGGCUACCCAGCGAAGUUAAAGAAGGUGUUGAUAGUGACGGCGCCGCUCUGGUUCAAGGCGCCGUUCCGCAUCCUGCGGCUGUUCGUGCGCGAGAAGCUGCGCGAGCGCGUGCACACGGUCAGCGCGCCGCAGCUCGGCGCGCACGUGCCGCGCGCCAGCCUGCCGCGCCAGCUGGGCGGCCUGCUGGAGCCCGACCACGCCGCCUGGUUGGAACACUGUAAAAACUGCUACCUAAACAAUCUGCAGAACGCAAAACUAGAAGGAGUUAUAGACGAAUAUGUAAUCAGCAACCACAUACCGCCCGUCAAGCCGCAAAAUGGUAUAAUUGAGCACGAGCCGCGUGACAUGACCAGCGACCACGCGACAAGGAUCGACGACGACUCCGCCAUGCAUAUCAGCGACCGCGACACCCCUCCCUACACCUGCGACCCCAACCCCCUCAGGCACACACACGGCUACAAUGGCGACAUGAAGAGCAGGCAUAUAAACUCCGGCGAUGAGGACGAUUUAGAUAUAAGCACGCGCGGCACUUGGUCAUCGGGUGAGGCGUCUCCGGGGCUCUCUGACGAGGAGUGCGGCGGCGGCGGCGCGGGCGAGACGCCGGCGGCGCUGCUGGCGCGGGUGCGCGCGCUGGGCCGCCGCGGCCUGCACGCCGAGUACGAGGAGAUACGCGCCAGGCCCCCGCCUGGCACCUUCCACCACGCCAAAUUGCCGAGUAACCUAGCCAAGAACCGCUACACAGACGUGCUGUGCUUCGACCACUCGCGCGUGCUGCUCUCCCAGACCGAUCCCGACGACCCCACCACAGAUUAUAUCAAUGCCAACUACGUCGACGGGUACAAGCAGAAGAAUGCCUUCAUAUGUACGCAGGGACCCCUCCCCAAAACGUUUGGCGACUUCUGGCGCAUGGUGUGGGAGCAAGGCACGCUCGUGAUCGUCAUGACGACACGCGCCGUGGAGCGAGGCCGCGUCAAGUGCGGGCAGUACUUCCCUGUCGCCGUGGACACGCGGGCAGUACACGGAGGCUUCGCGGUUACUGCCGAGGCCAUUGAACAGGAGGAUGAUUAUACUGUGACGCAUCUGGUGCUUACUGAUCUGAGGACGGAGCAGUCGCGGCGGGUGUGGCACGGGCAGUACACGCGGUGGCCGGACUACGGCGUGCCGGGCGGCGCGGGCGGCGGCGGCCGGGCCGCGCCUGUCCUGCGUUUCUUGCAGCUGGUGCGUCGUGCUCAAGCUCGAGCGCUCGCUGAACUCGGAGACGCGUGGGCGGGACACAGUAGAGGACCACCCAUAGUGGUGCAUUGUUCUGCCGGAAUCGGUCGCACAGGCACGUUCCUGACGCUGGACAUCUGCGCGCUGCGGCUGGCGGCCGAGCGCGCCGUGGACGUGCGCGGCACCGUGGAGCGCGUGCGCGCGCAGCGGGCGCACUCCAUACAGAUGCCCGACCAGUACGUCUUCUGCCACCUCGCCGUGCUCGAGUACGCGGUGCAAAACGGUUAUUUAGAAUCAGCUGACCUGUCCGGUUUCGACGACGAUAACGAGGACGAGUCGGAAUGAAGACUGUCGCACCAUGCCUGCGCCGUGCUGUGAGCGCCGCGCGCACUCAACGCAGACUCGAAUCGCCACUUCGCAGGAUCGAGUCGCGUAAUCCCGUUCUCGAGUCGCUCAGUUGCAGAUCCGAGUCGCACAAUCCCGGUCGUUCUAUCGCGAUUUUAAGCCGCAUAAUCGACAGUUCGAGUCGAAUAAAAAUGCCGCGUGAAUGCCACUAGAAGGGACUUGACUGCAAACUUGGCUUCGCUUCGGACGAUACCGUGUCAGAGUUCAAGAAGUGGCCUACACUGUAUUUCCUGUUGGUGUGAAUUUUGAGAGGCACAUGACAGAAUAUUUUCGGUUUUCAGAUAUCGUAUGUUGCGUACUGCGAAACGUGAGUUUAAAAAAGUGUGGUGCUACUUCGUCCCUCGUAUUUUUGCAAUGAACAGACUCCGACCGGAUAUGUAGUGGAAUCUUAGCACAAAAGUGAGCUGUGUUCAUUAGAAUUACGUGGAAGUGAACUAUUGUGUGCUCUCAAGGAACCGAAACCGGACUUCAAACUUCAAACCGUUGUGAUAUCGCCAUGGACGUGUAGCCACGUCUUUUGAUGUAAAAUGAAACCCUGUGAACCAUGGAACCAUGUCAAAUUGAUAAGUAGUAAGAGAUGCCUUACAAUUUGAUUUAUAAAGUCAGUUUGACGUAGUUCCGAGGUAACUCGGGGUUUAUUGACUGUAUGUACGCCCCAGUUUGGCCAAAUAAAGUUAUACAGGAUGUAUACGAGUUGCUUGCCUGAUGAAAGCGUGGGACAUAAUGUUGUUACACUAACAGAACGAGACAGUCUCCGGCUCUACUCAACAGUGAUCAACUCGAGCGCUGCCUUCUAGCAUAAGUUCUAGUGAUUACAAAAAUAUACAUACGAUUGAGAACGUUCCUUUAGCACGAAUAAGAACUGAACUAGAUCAAUAUUGUAUUUGGAAAGGAAACCUCGUGAAUCGAGUAUUUAUUUUGCAUAUUUAAAAAAUCUUUGUAACCAAAAAUAUUUCCAUAAUUAUUUAGGGUUUUUUAUUAUGAUUAUUUAUUUAUAAAUGAUGUAUGGCUGUGUGAAGUUUUUCGUCUGUAAUUUAUGUAUUAGUUAUGUAUGUGUAUGUUUAUUUGUUUGGAUAAAUAUUUAGCGGCGCGGUCGUGGUAUGGAUGACUCGCCUGUAGUAGCGCGGGACGCUUUCGGCAAUCAGACAAAAUAAAAUAGUCAUGUGAAUUAGUGUUCGACUGUUCGAGCACAAAUCCAGGAAGGCCGUGUGGUCUAAUAUACGUUAUACAGGGUAAUUUUUGACCCGUUAGUCAUAUUCAAAUAUGUCAUUAUAGAUCAGCAGUACAACUUUUGAAAAAAAGUGGUGCAUUUUUUAAAUCUUUAUCCAUCAAAAACUAAAAAUAUGGUCACUGUACUCGUUUGUUUCGAUUCGUGCACUACAAUGGCAAAGACAAUGCAAUAGGAAAGAAUGGUACAAUCCACAUUUUGUUUCUUUCAAAGCGAUUAUUACCGUUUCGUUUGCUACAGCGCAAACGAUUGACUUCUGGCUAGGCCGUCUGAUCAGUGCUUAAGCAUACUAAGUUAACACAGAAGCAUCGCUCCGGCCGCGCCCCGCGCUACGCAGCUCAGAGAGGCUGCGCCGCCUUCCGUGUGUACAACACAUAACACCAGCGAGUUAUCAAACAUUUGAUACGAUUUUUAUACGCCGAGGUGCUGGUAGAAUUAAAUCAUACAUGACUCGACAAUCCGGAUUGUCUCCAUGCACGACGCACGAAAACAGGCAGCUGAUGCCUUCAUCCUAGCUACACAAUGUAAUAAGCAUCAUCAAGUAAUGUACCUUAAUAAUUAUAUAGAUAGACUGAGUAACAUGUAUCUGAUGUUCCAGAAUUAUAUAGAUAGACGACCCGGGCUAGGGACGCACUGUAUCUCCAUGUAAAUCGAAUUGGUUUUGUUCGCAAACAGUAUAUUAAAUUGCAUUUAGUGAAUCGGAGUAAAAAGUAUUUAUUUUUCCAACGGAAUUCUACAACAUAUCUUUAAAGAGUCGUACGGUUCCUUUAUAACGCGUAAAACCAAAAAGCUAAUUAUUUUAAACGAAAUAGGAAUGUUUGCCAUAUAGUUAGAGUUCAAAAUUGCGCGGCCAGCUGCUCAACCCAGCGAUAAUAAACAGAUGUGCACUCUAACGACUACGAAUUAGAUCAUAAUUUCCUUUAGCAAUACUAACACGCUUUUCGAUUAUGCGCGUUGUAAUGGUAUCGUACUUAUAUUUUAAAUCGCCGUCCUUUCACGUAACUUACAUAUCGCAGUAGACGUCUUCAUUCAUACUAUGUUGCAACCAAAACGUUUCAGUCCAACUAACUUAUAUGCUAUAAAAUUAUUCAUAGCAAUAAGGACAACAUUGUCAACCUUAUAUAGCUUGUAAAGCGUUUAAUCAUACCACUUAUGAUGCAUUACUACCUAAACAAAUGAUAAUAACAUUAAUAACUGUAGAUACCAUGUGCCAUUGUCCACACCGUUAACUCACAAUUUUGUAAUUGUAAACCAUAUUGUAAAGACAAUAAUGUCAGUUAACUGCGUCGACGUCAAAUAAAAUAUACGCGAUGUAAAUAAAAUAGCAUACAAGUUAGUUGUACGAAAACGCCUCAGUCCUGUAUCACGUCUAGCAUAGACAAAUCGCCAUUAUUUUUUAAUUAUUGUGUCAUCAAUAUAAACUUCCUUAUGAAAUGUAUGGAGCAUUAUGAACUUCCAUGUAGUAAUUAAUAAACUCUUAUUAUAGUUGUUACUCUGGAGCCACUGUUGAUUCUUGUAUUUGUAAAUAUUUUAUUUUCUGUUUUUAUUCUAAAUUAAAAACCCUUGUGAAAUACGUGUGAAAUAAAAAAAACUUGUAAUAUAUUGAA